CACAUUUCUACUUCUAAGCUCAUCAAGGAUUUAUAUUGAAGGCUGGUUCGAGGUUAGAGAUUAAAUGGAAGAAGGAGGGAAACCAUUGCUACUAUUUGAGGAACAUAAAACAAGAAUCACGAAUCUUAUUGAUGAUUUCUUGAUUCGGACGAAGCAAAAAAAGAAGAAAUUCAUUGCUUCAAAAUUGGAUGUGAUUCGAAAGCUAAGAAUGGAACUGAGAUUCCUAAGAGCAAUUGCCCUGUUAGGGAAUUCGACGAAUUUGGAUGACUUUUAUUACAGGAUGUAUAUUCAUAUAAAGAAAUUCGAUCUACUUGCUGAGUUCCUUUUCUGUGAAGAUGAUUUAAUCCUAAAGAAAUACCACAUGGAAUGUCUUGCCCCUCUGCCGCUAGAAGAGAUAAGAAAUUAUUUUAGUUUGAAGAAUGAAUAUGUAGCCACGGCGAUAGAGAUGAAGAAGUUUGAAUACCUCAUCAGAAAUCUCCAUGAUCUACCAAAGUAUUGUUAUGAUUUGCUUCAACCCCUCAUGAGUGAAUACAACAUUCUUCGGCAAGUAUGCACACAUCUCAGAGAUUUCUAUCAGUUGGAAUGCAACAAAACAACAAAAACAGAAUUUCUCCAUACUCGGUAUGAAGUGGCAGUUGAUAGAGUAACACAAUUCUGUUCUGAUCUUUUGACUGGAAGGUACAAAAGCUAUAGAUAUGAGUAUGCCAUCUCUGAAUGCUCUUCCAAGAUCACUUCUCUACUCAUCGACAUAAUCCCUCUUGAGCUGGAGGUUCUCCACAUUUCUACUUCUAACCUCAUCAAAGAAUCAAGGUCAAAAGAACAAGAAGGAUUUGUUAAGCAAAUCCUAAAAGCAUCUCCAAGGAUUCUUCAAAAUUAUCUCAUUCAUCUCCAACCACACAUGGAAGUUGCGGUAGAUGUAAAUUACGCUCCAACUCAAAGCAUUAAUGUCAUGAUGGAGUUCCUAUUGAUCUUUCUCACUGAUAUACCAAAACGGUUUAUCCAUCAUAAAAAAUUGAACGAUAUGUUGGCACAUGCUGGAGUGCUUACAAGAACAAUAUCUGUUCUGGUGAGCAAGCAGUUGGAGGAGAUAUCUGAGAAUAAUAUCAAUGAAGCGAACUUUUCAGCUCCAGACUUUUUUCAAGAAAUUGAACAAAUGAAGGGAGAUAUCAGACACAUUUUUUUAAAAGCUCCCGAGUCAUCUCAACUUCAUUUUCCUAUGGAUGAUGGUUUCCUCUUCAUGAAUCUUCUACUCAGACAUUUAAAGGAUUUGCUCAUUUCCAAUGCUUAUUCAGUUUCUCUCAUAAAGAAAGAAAUUGGGAUGGUGAAACAAAGCCUCGAAUUCCUAACAUCAUCUUUCGGGAAAGUCAGGAAAACGUUGGAUGGCACUAGUGGAGUAGUUAAAGAUUGUUGGUUGCAUGCUUUGGAUGUGGCAUAUGAGGCAGAGCAUGUCAUUAAUUCCAUUCUUGUCAGAGAUAAACCUCUCUCGCAUUUAAUCUUCUCACUUCCGAAUGUCACUGAUAAGAUCAAGCUUAUUGUGGCACAAGUCACCGGUUUACAGCUGGAGGAUAUGAAUGGGGAUGAACCCCUUGAUGCAAAGUCUUCCCAUGAGUCAAUUGUGUUAACCUCAUCACCUUUUGUUGAGGUAACAGUAGGUCAUGAGGAAGAAGAAGCCUGGAUCAUUGGCCAGCUCCUUGAUGAACAUGAAUCCGAGCUUGAUGUCAUUUCCAUUGUUGGAAUGCCAGGAGUCGGUAAAACUACUCUUGCCAAUAAAGUGUAUAACAAUACAUUAGUUGCAAGUCAUUUCAAUGUUCGUGCUAAGUGCACUGUUUCCCAAAACUUUAACAAGUCAAAGGUGUUGCGGGAGAUUCUUCAGCAAGUUACUGGCUCGGGAGGAAAUGAAAGUGAAUAUGACCUUGCUGAAAAGCUACGAGUUGCACUGUACGAUAAAAGGUACCUCAUCGUCUUGGAUUUGAUGCAGUUGUGGAUGGCUGAAGGAUUGGUGGAUCAUGAUAUUCCAUCCAAGUGUAGUUUAGAGGAAGUAACUGAAAGUUACUUGGAUGCUUUAAUUUCCAGUGGUCUGAUAAUGGUGGAUCAUAUCCCCUCUGGGAGUUAUUGGACGUCUGUAAUGAUCAGAGCUUGCUAUGUGCAUGAUGUUGUGCAUGAUUUUUGUUCAGUAAAAGCGGGAAAGGAAAAGUUUUUCAAGUUAAUCAAUUCAGGUGAUCCAUUUCAUGCUUCUGAUUUCUUGCACCGUCGACUAACCAUUCAUACUGACGACAAAAAAUGUGUCUUGUUUAAUUCUAAUAAGUGUUCUGCUGGUAGUAAGCAUCUCAUAUCUUUGAAAGAGAGCAGUUCUGCUGGUAGUAAGCAUCUCAUAUCUUUGAAAGUGAGCAGUUCGCUGGAUAACUCCAGGUAUAUGUUUCACACAAGACACAUGAGACUUGUUAGAGUGUUGCAACUGGAUGACAUUCUUCUGCAACAUCAUUUAGUGGAAGAAAUAGGGUCCCUAUUUCAUUUGAGGUUCUUAAAAAUUUGGACUCGUGAUGUAAAAGCUAUCCCAUUGUCGUGGUUGAACCUCCAGAAUCUGGAAACUUUGCUGAUCAAUGCGGAAUUUUCCACCAUUGUUUUACUGCCAAUAUUAUUCAAACUGUCAAAGCUGAAACACGUGAGCAUUGACCGUAGUUCUUUCUUUGAUAAAGAGGACAUGGACAAUAUCCAAAGUAGACUAUUGGAAGGUGAGAAUUCAAAGCUUACAACUUUAUCCAAAGUUGAUAUCUCAUAUUCCCAAGGAACUAAUGAUGCUCUAGAGAAGUUCCCAAAUCUUGAGCACCUUGAUUGCACCAUCAUGGUACCCAAGUGUCCUCCUACACACGACGAUUGGUUUCCCAAGUUAGAUGUCCUUAAUAAACUUCAAUCGCUCAUUGCAGUAUACAACAACCAAUGGAAUUAUUAUGGUUAUCCCAUUAUUGAAUAUCACUUCCCUACCAGCUUGAAAGAGUUGCGGUUGCAUUUUUUUACCGUCACACCUACUUUGUUGUCAGCAAUCGCGGCAUUGCCUCAGCUUGAAAUUCUGGCGAUUAUUUACGCUAAUUUCAUGGAGGAUAAGUGGGAUGCAAGUGAGGACAUGUAUCAAUGUCUCAAGACUUUGAGUUUGUCAUUUAACAAAUUAUCAGAAUGGGAAGUUGAUAGGGAAACUUUUCCCAAGCUUGAGGAAUUAAUACUAGCACAUUGUGAGGAGCUUACGGAGAUCCCUUGUGCAUUUGGGGAUAUAGACACUUUAAAGACCAUUCAUUUAACUUAUAUUAAGCGUCAGCUUGCAGAUUCAGCCGAUGAGAUUAAGAAACAGAUAGUAGAUUUCACAGGAGAGGACAGACUUCAUGUCCAUAUAUCAGCGUUAAGCCAGGAAAUUUAGGCAUUGCAGAUGGCUUGUAGGACAGGGAGACGGUACACAAGGUGAGGUGAUUUGAACUUGGUUUAGAGAUUUCAACAUCAUGUUUAUGGAAAGGCCACGAGAGAGUGGAGUGGCCUUGCUUGGUGGAGUUAGUUAAGAAAUAAAGUUACGUAUUUGCUAUCUGCAGCUAUAACUCUUCUUUCUCAUUUGCUUUUUUAUUUUGUCUACAAUGUUAUAGUUGAUGUUGGGAUAACUCUCUGUUUUUUGAUUGUUAAAACAGUUUACUUAAUAUGCAAUAUCAUACAAAAU